GAUUACUACAAAAGUGGACGAAUGCUUGUGAAAUUGGCUGAGGCAAUAGGACGACUUGUUUUAGCUGGCAGGGAGCUGACAAGAUUAGCUGGUUUUACUGCCCGAGUUCAGGAACUCUUAGCCGUCCUUAAAGAUUUGAAUACUGGGAAAUAUCAGCGUACAAUGCUGGAAAGCAAAUCCUCCAAUGGUGCAUUGAAUACACCUCUAAUUCCUGGUGCUGGUAAGGUCAUCAAUGAAGAUAAUGUAAUUCGCUUUGAAAAUGUGCCUCUGGUCACUCCUAAUGGAGAUGUAUUAGUCCAAGAGCUGAACUUUGAGGUAAAGUCAGGAAUGAACGUCCUAGUGUGUGGCCCCAAUGGUUGUGGCAAGUCUUCUCUCUUCCGAAUUCUUGGAGAGGUGAUUAUAGCUUUACUUUUUUAACACAUCUCUCUAUGU